AUGAUACGCAACGCCAUCCAAAAACGCGACUUCGAUAAAGAUAGUUCCGACAGACUUCACAGGAUGCUAGGCAUCGACCCCUUCCCCCAACAAAACAGACAAGGCGGUCAGAAGAAUUGCACCUAUACCAUGGCUCCUCGGACACAACUAUCCGACCUUGCCAAACCGCCUCGAGGCCGUGAUCCGGCGCGCGAUCCAGGAAGACACCACAUUCAGUGGGACGUCGAAGAGGUGCCCGACGAAUACGACAAUGCACGCAACCAAGGCGCCGGGAUUCCCGGCUCCCAAGCCAACUCUUUCAGCAUGGACUCAGACGACGAGGGAGACCCCAUGCAGACUGACAGCAAUGCCGCCGAUCCUUCCACCUUCCCUCCUGACCACGACUCCAUGGACUGGGAGCGCUGGGAGUACCCUGAGGAGUCGGCCGACGAGCCUCCGCGCGCUCGUACCCCGCCGUGA